AACAUGUUUGUCUUAGCCUGUGGUGUUAGUCUUUCGGCGGAAUGAUGACCACGGUGGGCUAGCCAGAUUGUACCGACAACCCUAAUGUUUAUAAAUUGGCGGUUUUAUUAGCUAAAUUUGCAGAGUAUUAACACUAAAUAAACCGCAUUAGCCAUCCAUUAAGAUGCCUCUCCGGGCCGGCGAGCGGCAUGGCGGUGGCAGGUUUAAAUGCUUCCUUGUUCUACUUAACGUCGUGUUGUUUUCAGCCCGAGUUAUAGCAACUCAAGAAGAGAAUAAAGUUAUUAACGAGCAGCAACCCGCGGAGAAGGCAACCACCGGUCACGCUCCCGGCCCGGCAGUGAGCAUCAAUGAACCCGAUAAGGGAAACCUGGGCUUUAUUCAUGCCUUUGUGGCAGCCAUCUCAGUCAUUAUCGUGUCUGAACUGGGAGAUAAGACGUUCUUCAUUGCAGCAAUCAUGGCUAUGCGCUACAAUCGCCUCACUGUUUUGAUGGGUGCUAUGUUGGCUUUGGGACUCAUGACAUGUCUGUCAGUCCUGUUUGGUUAUGCCACCACCAUUAUCCCACGCAUCUACACCUACUACAUUUCAACAGCGCUGUUUGCCAUCUUUGGGUUGAGGAUGCUGAGGGAGGGACUGAGGAUGAGUGCUGAUGAAGGGCAAGAGGAGCUGGAGGAGGUCCAGGCUGAGAUAAAGAAAAAAGAUGAGGAGCUUCAGCGCUAUAAGCUGGCAAACGGCACACCCGACGUGGAAGCGGGGUCGACGGCGACCUUGUUGCCUCAGAGGAAGUGGCACAGUUUGAUCUCACCCAUAUUCGUUCAGGCACUCACCCUCACCUUCCUCGCCGAAUGGGGUGACCGUUCUCAGCUUGCAACCAUUGUUCUGGCUGCAAGAGAGAAUCCAUUUGGAGUAGCAGUUGGGGGAACAUUGGGACACUGUCUGUGCACAGGACUGGCUGUUAUCGGUGGAAGGAUGGUGGCUCAGAAGAUCUCUGUCAGAACCGUUACAAUCAUUGGUGGGAUCGUUUUCCUCGCUUUCGCGUUCUCCGCCCUCUUUAUCAAGCCCGAUUCUGGAUUCUGAUGGAACUUUUGGUUUCAUUUUGUACAUACUGUCACCACACUAUAACACAGAAGAAGUGGAACAGAGAGACUACGCAAAGACUGCGGAUGGGUUGCUUGUUUAUUUGUUUUUGUUGUUUUGUUGAGUGAAUGAAAAACAAUUUACUGCUCAUGUCUUAAUGAGCUUUUUUUUUUGCUUAAUUCCUCCUUGUUUUUCUUUCAACCAGACAUUAUUCUGUUUUUAGGUGAUCCUUAUAUUUCUCCAGUAUGUCACCUUACAGUUUACUUGAACUUGCCAGAUGUUUGUCAUUGCACUUAGUAACAUUUUAAAUAACACAUAAUGAAUCUUGAUUCUAUUAUUGUUUUACCUCUGUUUGAGUAGUGCAUUAUGGAUAAAUGCUGGCCUGGGUCCAGUCUAUUUUAUUUAAGUUCUAUCUUGACUACAACAGCUGUAAAACUACAACCAGAUCAAGACGAGCACCGCCACCCUUCCCUAUGACAUCGUGUCGUCUACACACGUCUCAGUGGAUAAGAGCCUCUAACCGUCAUGAUUUCCUCAUCAAUGACAUACUACAGUUCUGAAUUGAACACUAAAGUAUUCUUUAGGAGCUGCCUAUCGAUGAGUUGUCCUUGUAUUCUUUCAUACUAUAUUAGCAAAGGCUUGAAAUGAUGUGGGUUCUGAUUACAUCACCAGUGGCCUUUAAACCCGGACAUGGAACUGGUCAUUGUGCAUUCAUAAAUGCAUGGGUGAUCACUCUUCCCCUCUUCGUCACUGACUCACUGGUCAUGAAGUGUUAAAAACAGUCAUGUUGUUACAGACUCACCUGGAAGAGGCACACAGCCUCUUAAGGAAAUGUAACUACAAUUUCAAAAGUCUGCCCUUUUCCUCAGAUGUUUUUAUUUAUUCUAGUAUGGAGCACAGAUAUUGAUAUUUUGUCAUGGUUGAAGAAUUUGUCCGGUCAUGGAGGAGAUUGUUUUUUUUUCUUUCUUUUUUUGUAACAUUUUCAGGGUGACUUUGUCAAUAUUUGACAGGGGUUAAAGUGUGCUGAACUUUAGCGGUAGAGGAACUACAAAAAUGUUAUUCCUGUAAAUAUUAAAUUAAAAGGUCAGUGUCAGUCUUUCA